GAAGUCUCGUGCCUCGCAGUGGCCUUGUUCUGCCGGGCGGAAGACAAACCGGGCGGAAGCGUUCGUCGACAGGGACCGACGAUGAGCUAGCGACACCAUUAUGCACAGGAUGAAGCAGCGCGCGCUGCACGCUUGGCCAUGGUUGUGGCUGUGGCUGUUCGCGGCCACGGCCGGCUCCCCGUCUUCCGACACCCCCGGGCCGACGACUCUUCUACCGCCACGUGGCGGCGGAGAUGGAGGCGCGGGAGGCGACGGCAGCGAGGGUUCGCUGAAGCCAUCGAUCCCCUCGAUCGGCACCGCGACGACCCUGCCGAUCGCGUUCGAGGACGACGCGAGUCUUUCCUCGGAGCCCGAGUUCCGUUUCACGCAGUCUCUGUACAACGUCUCCAUUCCCGAGAAUUCCAUCGGCAAGACGUACGUCGUGCCCGAGGAGAGGAUGGGCAUAAAGCUCGCGUCCGCCGACAGUGACGUCGACGUUAAGUUUCGCAUAGUGAGCGGCGACCGCGAUAAGUUCUUUAAAGCGGAGGAGCGUACGGUCGGCGACUUUUGCUUCCUCCUCAUUCGGACUCGAACCAGUAGCGUCGACGUGCUGAAUCGCGAACGCAAGGACCGGUAUGUGCUCGAGGUGCGCGCCACCUCGAGCAAACGCGACGGUAGAAGCAGAGUGGUUACGCUCGAGGCGGACGCCACGGUGGUGGUGACGAUCCUUGACACGAACGAUCUCAAUCCGCUCUUCUAUCCGAUCGAGUACGAGACCACCGUGACAGAGGACACGCCUUUGCAUCGCAGCAUACUCAGGGUAAUCGCCGAGGACGCCGAUCUCGGCAGAAAUGGCGAGAUUUACUAUAGCUUCGCCGAGGAGACCGAUCAGUUCGCCGUUCAUCCGGUCAGCGGCGUGAUAACGCUCACAAGACCGCUCAGGUACGCGGAACGCGCCAUACACGAGCUGGUAGUGCUAGCGAAGGAUCGCGGCGCUCUAUUCCGCAGCGCGGGUACCAGCCGCGCGAGCACCGCGAGGGUCACGAUCAGGGUACGGCAGGUGAACUUGUACGCGCCCGAGAUCUACGUGCAGCAGCUGCCCGACAUCGUCGAGAAUUCGAACGCCGACAUCUACGCGAUCGUGCGAGUGAUCGACCGUGACGACGGCGUGCACGGCCAAAUCGCGAGCCUCGACAUCGUGGGCGGCGACCCGGCCGGACACUUCAGGGUGCGCCCGGCCGGCGGGCCGCGCUCCGGCGAGUACAACAUCGAGGUGUUGCAUCUGCUCGAUCGCGAGACCGCGCUGCAGGGCUACAAUCUCACCCUGCGCGCGAUGGACCGCGGGGUGCCGCAGCGGUACAGUUACAAAUUCGUGCCGGUGCACUUGGCCGACGUCAACGACAACGCCCCGGUGUUCAGUCGCGAGAUCUACGAGGUCAAGGUGCCGGAAACGGCGCCCGUCAACACGCCGAUCAUAAGACUCAAGGUGACGGAUGCGGACGAGGGGAGGAACGCGCUGGUGUACCUCGAGAUAGUCGGCGGCAACGAGGGUGGCGAGUUUCACGUGAACGCCGAGACCGGGAUGCUUUACACGGCCGUCAAUCUGGACGCCGAGAAGAAGGCGUUUUACACGCUCACGGUCUCGGCGAUCGAUCAGGGCAAUGCCGGCACUAGGAAGCAAUCCUCGGCGAAAGUGAAGAUCAAUGUGGUCGACACCAACGACAACGAUCCGAUCUUCGACCAGCCGGAGAUGGAGGUGCUGCUGGACGAGAACGAGCCGGCCGGCACGUCCGUCGUGCGGGUUACCGCCAAGGAUCGCGACUCCGGCGAGAACGCCUACAUAUCUUACAGUAUCGACAACCUGAAGAAAGUACCGUUCGAGAUCGAUCAUUUCUCCGGCAUCGUCAAGACCAGGCAGGUGCUCGACUACGAGACCAUGAAGCGGGAGUAUCUGCUGCACGUGCGGGCCAGCGACUGGGGCCUGCCCUAUCGGCGCCAGGCGGAGAUGCAAUUGCGAGUGAAGCUGCGGGACGUGAACGACAACAGGCCGCAGUUCGAGCGGAUCGACUGCAGCGGUCGCGUGCCGCGAUACGUGUCGAUCGGCUCCGAGAUCAUCACCGUGUCCGCGAUCGACUUCGACGCCGGGAACAUGGUCAGUUACCGCAUAGUGUCCGGCAAUUCGGACGGCUGCUUCGCUCUCGACUCGGCCAGCGGCGUCCUCUCGGUCGCCUGCGACCUGUCGGACAUCAAGGCCGCCGAGAGAACCAUCAACGUUACCGCCACCGACGGCACGCACUUCUCGGACGUCAAUCCCGUGCACGUACAUCUAGUGAACGCCAAACGGAAUCUGGGCUCGCAGGCGCGAAUCCUGACGGACGAGUCCGGCGCUUUCGAGUGCCACGACACCGGCGUGGCGCGCAGAUUGACGGACGCGAUCGCCUCGGCGGAGAAGAACAACAUGCCGUCGCGGGACGACGAGUACACCCUGAUACCGAGUCGCUACGGCGAGAACGUGCACGCGCCCGAGUUCAUCGAUUUCCCGAAUGAAAUACGGGUCAACGAGUCGCUCAAGCUCGGCACGAUCCUCGUGCGAAUACGCGCCCGCGAUCGCGACCUCGACUACAACGGCAAGCUCGUCUUCGUCAUAUCCAGCGGCGACCGCGACUCCGUCUUCGGCAUCGAUCCGGACACCGGCGACCUCAACACGAUCGGCUACUUGGACCGCGAGCGGGAGAGCGAGUAUUACCUCAACAUAAGCGUAUUCGAUCUGGGCAAGCCGCAGAAAUCCGCCUCGAAGAUGCUGCCCAUCACCAUUCUGGACGUCAACGACAACGCGCCCAAGUUUGAAAAGUCCUUGGCGAGUUUCCGGAUCUCCGAGACCGCGCUGAACGGCACCAACGUGUGGCGCGCCAACGCCACCGACGCUGACCUCGGCGACAACGCGCGCGUCACUUACUCUCUCGUGACGGAGACCAAUGACUUCCGCGUGGACCCCGUGACGGGUGUACUGAGCAUCUUUGGGAAACUCGACCGAGAACGACAGGAGAUAUACGAGCUGAGGAUCCGCGCGCGCGAUAACGGUGGCAAGGACAACGACGCUCCGCCCUUGUACUCGGACGCGCUCGUCAGAGUGACGGUCGACGAUGUCAACGACAACGCGCCCACCUUCGCGCUGUCGAGCUACAACGUUAAGAUCCGCGAGGACGUGCCGGUGUGGACCGUCGUCGCCGUCGUGGACGCCACGGAUCCCGACGAGGGCGCGGGCGGCGACGUCGAGUACUUCCUGUCGGACGCGAUGGAGAGCGAGGGCUUCUUCAAGGUCGACAAGGUGUCGGGCACAGUGAGGACCACUCAGAGCUUGGACUUUGAGGAGCGGCAGGUGCACACGCUGACGAUAGUCGCGCGCGAUCGCGGCGACCCGGCCCUGUCCUCCGAGACGCUGCUCGUCAUCGAGGUGAUUGACGUCAACGAGAACCUUCACUCGCCGGUCUUCGACGACUUCGUCGUGUCCGCGAGUGUCUUCGAGAACCAACCCAUCGGCACCCUCGUCACGACGGUGCGAGCGAAGGACGCGGAUCCGCCCGGCGGUGACUCGAGGAUCGGAUACAGCAUCCGUGGAGGCGACGGCGUCGGCAUUUUCUCCAUCGACAAAGAAGGUAAGCGGUUGACUGUGCGGUACGAAGUUUGGCGUAUUCCGACCACCGAGUAAUUGUAAGUAAAUCUGUAAAUAACGAAUUUAAAAAAAUAAUACAUUAAACGAUGAAAGGAGUGUAUUCGCGUUCUCUGAUCUCGCCGUUUCGCAGGAAAUACUAUACAGAGCUUGAAAUUCGAAUCUCGUCGACUACGGAUGAUGAAGCUUCGCUGUCUCUGAGUAAUUCGCGCAUAACUUAAUGCUUCAAUCAACAAUUCAAAUUGCGGCGUAGAAAAUGCAGAAUGACGAAUACCGCGGUCUCCAGUUGAACGUACCUUGCUGUUGCGCGAAAACACCUUGCGCCCCAGUUAUUGUUUAUGCACAAAAUUCGUGCGUCCCGCAAUCAAUUAUGGAUGAAGCCGGUAAAAAGAUACAAUGAUAACGUAAUUUGCA